AUGUCAAACCGCACGGCAUCCAACUCCAACGGCCAUGGAGCUCCAGGAAACCGCAACGGAAACCGCCAGACCGACUUGGCAGGCGAGAAUGCAGCAAUCGAACACGCCGGCGACUCACCUGAGCGCCGCCAGCAGAUCCGCCAGCAGGAAAUCGAGCUGAACUACUACCGAAAGUUCCUGGAGGACUUGGUCGGUGUCAUGCGCGACGCUCAUAGCGAAUCUGUCGCUCAGAUCGUCUCGCUCAUUCGCUCCGGAGCAUCGAACGAGGAGAUCCAAAUCGCCCUUCAACGCGUCCGAGACGAGAGGUGA